UUACAGGAUGGGAAGUGUUGGUAAUCGGAGGAGUAGUAGAUUGGAACAAAAAUCAAAAUUGGCAUUAACCACCGUAAAAGGAUGCAAGAAAGAUUUGAAUGUUAUUGAUAUAAAGGAGAGAAAUCAUUUUUGUUUGGAACAAGGAAAUUCAAAAUCUAAAAACGUUUCUGCUAAAGCAUUGAAAAAACCAAAAACUCGGAAACGUAAAGUUAGCGUUAGUUCGGAUGACACUAUUGAUUCGAAUAUUUCGGAAGAUGAAUGGGAAGACGUGGAUUUUGAUGACGAAACAAAUUAUAAAGAAGAUUCUGAUGGUACAGUCGAAGUUACAAUUAAAGCUGCGAAAUCUGUUGAAACAGAAGAAAGCAAAUGGGCAAAAUUCAUUCGGCAACAAGUUAAUCGUAAAAUUCGUGAUCGGCAAAUUAAUUGUCAUAAGAUGCAUCUUCUCUGUUAUAUUGCACAUUUGCGUAUGUGGACACGUGCCUUAAUACGACAUGAGGUAUUAACGUCGCUGUGCUUGUCGUUGAUACCAGAAGGUUAUAUAACUGCAGCGAAACAUGAAUUCGAUGUGGCAAUAGUCGAGAGAUUUUUGAAGUGGUUUCGAUCAGCUUUUCAACUUACUGAGAGGAAAUACGUUGCCAGAAAUGGCUUUUGUGAUUCUCAGAUGAAAAGACUGGAGGAGUUGAUUGAUGAACGUGUCUACGAAGACGACAAAGACUUGGCAUCGCUGUUGUUUUUGUGUCUGUUAUCGUUGAAGCAGUGCACCCGAUUGUGCCUCUCAUGUCAACCUAUAAAACAUAGACUGACAGUGAGUAUGUUGCGCUCUGAGCAUACUGAAACCUUCGUUGAAAAGAAUAUCAAUAACGACGACAAUUCAGUGGUUUGGGAACAGAAGCUAUAUGAAGUAACGAAGAAGGUGCAGAUAAAGACCGAUGAUUGCAGCGAAAAUAGUAGUGUAAAAAUGAAUGAAGAGACGAAAAGGUCAAAUGUAAAGCGAUCAAAAAGAGACAGUAGAAAUAAUUUCGAUCAUCCUACAUUUAUCAACAAAAGGAAAACAGAUUCGGAAAGAAAUUAUUGGGUGGAAUAUUGGGAUCAUAUUAAUGCUAGAUGGAUUUGUAUAGAUCCGUGGUGCGGAACUGUUGAUAUGCCUGAAAGCUUGGAAGCGAACGCUACUGUACCGAUGCAUUACGUUGUUUGUAUUGAUAACAAUAUGGGUAUGCGCGAUGUAACAGCACGAUAUGCUUCCAAAUUUCUAUCAGCUGAAACACGACGACUUCGUGUUGAUUCUUCAUGGUGGACUGAUACAUUAAAGAUGUAUCGGAGCAAAAACCGGAAACGUGAACGCAUUGAAGAUGUUGCAAUACACAAUGAACUUCUCUCAAAGCCAAAACCAGCAACGGUUGCCGAAUACAAGAAUCAUCCACUAUAUGUAUUGAAAAAAGAUAUCUUGAAAUAUGAGGCGAUUUAUCCGGAAGAUCAGGCUCCUAUUGGGCAAAUUCGAGGUAUUGAUAUUUAUCCGCGAAGUUCUGUGUACCACCUUGACGGUGCAUUGAAUUGGAUGAAACAUGCACGUAUGGUUAAAGCUGGUGAAAAGCCAUAUAAAAUCGUGAAAGGAAGAGUGAAUCAUCGUGCAGCAUCAGAACUGAGAGAAUCACGAUCCUUAGAAUUAUACGGGUACUGGCAGACUGAACCAUAUGUACCACCUAAAGUCGUAGACGGACGUAUACCACGAAAUGAAUUUGGUAAUUUAUAUGUUUACAAAAGCAGCAUGGUACCAGAAGAUUGUGUUCAUUUACGACUAAAUGGACUAGCUGCUAUUUGUCGGCAGCUCGAUAUUGACUGCGUACCUGCAGUAGUUGGUUGGGAAUUUCAUAAAGGGGGAAAUCACCCUAUUCUUGACGGUUGCGUCGUUUUGAAAAAGCAUGAAGACGUGUUGCGUGAAGCAUGGAGAGAAUUUUACGAGAAAAAGCAAGUUGCUGCUGAGAAGAGACAACAGGAAAGGGCUUUGAAAAAUUGGAGACGUUUAGUGAAAGGGAUGCUUACAAUGAAGAAAGUUCGAGCCAAAUUUUUGGUCGGAGAUCAUCGGAACUUGCAAGUUGAUGAGAAAUUAGAAAAUAGAGAAAAUGAAACGCCUGCUACGGAUGACGCUGCUCUCUCUUGGCCGCAAACAAUUUUCAAUUUGCCUGGUACCAGUGAUACUAUUGAUCACUGAAUUGCUUCGUCCUUCAGAUUUGUUUGUUUUGAUUAUUAAGCUCAGUAUUCACGGUUGUUGAAAAAAAGUUGUGGUGUUGACCGUAUAUAUACAAGUAGAAAUAUAGUUUUUUGUGAUUGAUGUAGAAUCAAUGACUUUUUUGAAAAAGAAGUCAGUUAUUAAAGGAAUGCGGUAUUUUAAACAACAUCUACUUCCUUCUGCUUGGGUUUUAUAUGAUAUGUGUUCAAAUUGAUUCUGAUGUGGAUUCUUCUUUAGCUUGUUUGUUUCCUUCUCUCUGUGUUACACUGACCUAUUUUUACUUCGUCAGUUUUAGACUUUUUCUAAUUUAAGGAAACCUCCUUUAACCUUUCUGUUCCAUCAUCAAAAAUGCCCAUUUUCUAAAACUUUAAGUUUUAUAAAUUUUGUAUAUUCGUUGUUCUGGGAACAACUUCGACUAACUGUUAUGUAUUCUAAAAGACUCAACUCUAGCUUCAAAUGAUAUUCUCACAUUUUCAUAUGCUAGCCUCGAAG